AUGCAUUUAAGAUUUUUAAAAAUACCAACGGGACGGGACGAGCGGCUAGUGCGAAACGACGACGACAACGACAAAGUGCUGAAGACGAGACCGUACGACAUAACGACAACGACGUCAGCGGCGGCGCAGACCAAAAACUGCACUGAGCGAGCUAAGGCAGCCAUAUAUUUGCGCUUGAGGAAUCGGCCGGAGGAGCUUAAGACUCGGCCGCCGGGAUUACCGUUGGACGAAAACCUGAGAGUAUCGGUGGACCGCACCGUAGAGAUCCUGAUAUACUCUCGCAGUUUUCGUCCUGGAAUCCGGACAUUGCCGCGUCUGCGUUCUCCGUCGCCGAGGAAUCGAAAACCUGAAAGAAUCGAUGGACCCUCCGGGGUUUUCGUCCUGGCAGGAGGAGUCGCGCACCACCGGGCCCUGAAACAUUGGAACGGUUUCCGCGGGUCCGUCGGCGAUGCUGACGUCCCAUAG